AUGGCGUUAUUACAAGCAAUUUUAGAAGAAAAUAAAAUUCGAAGGAAUAGGAUCUUUAGGGAUAGGCUAAAUCCAUUGGAUGCGUAUGACGACGCGGAAAUUCUUUCCCGCUAUCGAAUGACAAGACAGUGUUUAAUGGAUGUCAUUGACAUUGUAAGAAAGGAUGUGUCACAUGAGACAAAAAGAUCUCAUGCCCUUACGCCUGAGGAACAAACUUUUGCUGCUUUGAGGUAUUAUGCAACUGGUUCUUUCCAGCAAGUGGUUGGGGACAUUUUAGGACUCAGUCAACCCAGCGUUUCCAGAGCAGUGAAGAAUGUUUCCAAUGCACUGGCUAGUUUUGCGGGACAAGUUAUUCAAUUCCCGACGGAUUGCCGAAAACUUCAAACUGUUAAAGAAGGUUUUAUGGAGAAAUUUGGAUUUCCAAAUGUAAUCGGAUGUGUGGACGGGUCAUUUAUUCCAAUUAAGGCCCCAUCAUCACGCGAGGACGUGUAUGUAUGUCGCAAGGGUUUCCAUGCGGUAAACGUACAAGGGAUUUGCGACAGUCAGAAAAAAUUUACAAAUUUGCUCGUGAAAUUCCCUGGCUCAGCGCACGAUGCCUUCAUCUGGAGUGGUGCAAUCACAGUUGAAUUGACAACAGCUGUAAAGGCAAUUAUAAGCACUGGUGUCCUGCAUAAUAUUUGCGAGAGUAAAGGUAUACCUUUACCGGAGGUUUAUCAGGUGGGAGCGGAGGACGAGGGCAGUGAGGACAUCACCCCUACAGACAGAGGACAGGACGUGGUGGAGGGUGAAGCUGUUAGAGCCAGUCUCAUCAGAGCACACUUUGUCUAA